CCGAGUUAUUCUCCGCCCGCCAACAAACAAAUCUGCAGCAGAGGGCCAGAGAAGCGCGGCCCGUGGGACCUGUGGCGCAUGCGCAAGUGCCCAAUCGCCGCUUGCCCUCUGCUGCCGAUUGCAGACGCAAAGGCCCGCGGGCGUGAGUUUUCUGUCCCUUCGCGGGAGCCGUAGCUAAUCCAAGCGGCGAUGUUUGCGGAGCUGAACGAGUUGCUCGGGGACUUCGCGGACCGGCCAAAGCACGGGAAACUGACCUUACUUGGUGCCACCAAGACAGAUGCCAGCUUCCUAGUACACCAUUUCCUCUCCUUUUAUUUGAAAGGGGUUGGUCUGACGGCAGCCAAAGAACGGGGACAGCUCGUGUUCUUAGAAGGUCUGAAAGUUUCACAUGACGUCCUGUUUAGCAAGCGGCAGGAGCCAGCUGAGGCCAGGCCUUUCCAGUUCAUCAGCGGAGAUGGCUCCAACUUGAAAGCACUGUAUGAGUUUGUCCAGGCGGCCCUCAGCCUGACUGCUGGUGGGGACUCCUGGAAGGGCUCUGUGCUGAUUGUGGACGACCUCAGUGUCUUUCUGAGCCUGGGGGUGAAGCUGACUGAUGUGCUGGAUUUCAUCCACUACUGCAGAGUCACAGUGAACACUUUGCUAAAGGGGAACACGGUGGUGAUGGUGCGCGGCAGUGAAGAUUCAGAGGACGAGGAGAAUGAGCUGCUUGCGAAGGCCCUUCGUCACCAGGCCAACCGGAUCCUGUGGGCCGAAGGGCUGGCGACCGGCUUCUGUAAGGACGUGCACGGGCAGUUAACAAUCAUCCAUCAUGGCUCGUGGGAGGAGAAAGCCAAGAGAGACCUCCGGCAAGUUUACCAGUACAAAAUCCAAGACAAGAAUGUCUCCUUUUUUGCCAGGGGGAUGUCAGCAGCUGUGCUGUGAAUCUUGGGGAGGAAGGUCCACCAGCACGCCUUGUUAAGGAACCAGGAGAUGGCGAGAAGGAAAUUGCAAAAUAAUCUGGCUAGGGUGGAGGGGGGUGUGUGUUUUGGAACUUCCAAAUCCAAAUCCAAAACCUUUAUUAGCCAUAAAACCGGAGUGUGUCAAGAAUUCCAAAUACAGUAAAAAGAUCAUUAUUACACAACUUGCAGUACACAGAGUAAAAAUGUAGCAACAG